AUGUCCAGCGCAAUGGCGGUGACCCUCAAUAACGGUAUGAAAAUGCCUAUUAUUGGUCUGGGUACCUAUCUCACUCCUGACGAUGUUGUUCCUGCUGAUGUCGUAGCCGGCAUCAAGGCGGGCUAUCGAUACAUAGACACAGCCUUUAUAUACGGCAACCACCACGGUGUGGGUCAGGGUAUUGCUCAGGCUAUUAAGGAAGGUCUUGUCACGAGAGAGGAGCUCUUCGUCACCACAAAGCUAUGGUUGACACAGUUUCGCCCAGAGCUUGUCAAGCCAGCCGUUCAAGAGAUGCUUCAAACUCUCCAGCUAGACUACGUUGAUCAGCUGCUCAUGCAUUGGCCUUGUCCUAUGAAGACUGUCGAGGGGAAGCUCGAGGCAGAUCCCAGUGUUAAGCUCACUGAUACUUGGAAAGCUCUCGAGGGACUUGUUGAUGAUGGACUUGUUCGAUCCAUUGGUGUGAGUAACUUCGACACCAAUGAGAUUGAUGAGAUUCUCUCGAUGUGCCGCAUUAAGCCUGUCGUGGAUCAGAUUGAGGUUCAUCCCUACUUCCCUCAAUGGCGUAUGUUGGAUUACUGCAAAAAGCACGAUAUCCAUGUUGUGGCCUAUGCUCCUCUAGGAAGUCCCGCCAACAAGCCUAAUGAUGGGUCAGAGAAACAGAAUGUGCUCGAGCAACCUGACGUGGUAGCCAUAGCCAAGGCACAUAACAAGACUCCCGCACAGGUUGCGGAGAGGUGGAAUAUGCAGCGAGGUGUGACGGUGAUCCCGAAGAGUACCAAACCUGCUCGAGUUAUCGAGAAUUUCCAAGUCUUCGACUUCGAACUCAGUGAAGCUGAAAUGGAACUCAUCAAGGACAUCGCUCGUGACCCUAAGAACCGUCAUCGUACCUUCGAUCCCUGUUUCCGUGCAGAUCGCGUUCAUGCAUUUGAACACGUGAAAGCUGUAGAGAAUGCGUAUACCUUCUGA